GCGCCUUCCGAGCCACCUUUCCCGCUACUGCUCCCGGCAAGAGGCGCGGGCGCAGCGGCGGGGAAAGAAAUUCUCAGCAAGCACCAACGGCUUUAUUCUCAGCCAUUCAUUCCUGACUAGGAGCCGAAAGGCACGCGAGCGAAGAAACUACUCUGCCUUGAAGGAGUUCUAUUAGGGAUUUGCACGGGACUCGUUACAUUAAAGAGAAGAACAGAAACUACAUUUGAACAUUUUUAAUUUAGUUAAAUACGUUAGCUAACCGCUGAAAGUCUUGCAAAAUAUAAUAGAGAGGUGCUGAUCAGCAGCGUAAAUAUUCAGUUAGUCGCUGUUCAUUUAACUAACUUUGAUGGACAGCUAGCUUAUUAUUUGGAUUUGCAUUACUGUAGCUGGCUUUUGAAAUAUUACAUGGUGCUUAGUUAGCUUCCCUCGUUAACCAUCUUAUUUUUAGAGUUUCUUUAAAAUGCAUGCCUAACUAUUUACUUUGUUAGCCAGCAUGCUAAUUGGUGAUCAACUAGCUUAGUGCACUUGUGCAAUACAUUCAUCAUUAUUUUUGAUAACUUGGAUAAUAACGUCAACAUGCCAACCAAAACAAACACCUGACACAAAACUGCUCAUUUGUGAAUGACGAGCAACUUUUAAAAAGUUAAUUCAAUACUUGUUCGCUUGUUAUCAACGAUUUACGUAAGCUGUCAGUCUGUCAGAAAUGGCUAACUAAUUAUAUUUUCAUUUUGCGAGUUAAUUCUAGUCAUACGCUUUUAGCUACAAUACGAGAUCUAUAAGAGAUCAGUAAUGCCGAUAGUCGGCUUGUAGCCAAGAUUUUGGAGUGUAACUAGCUAGCUAACUUUAAUGUACCGGUUUCAUCUGAACAGAAUAACGCGUCCAAUUCGGUUAACUACCAAAACAAGAGUUGUUAAAGGGAAAUCAAGCAACUAGUCUCCUAACAUUAGCUAGAUCGAUACAGGGCACUUGCAGGCUUGAUGAUGUCUUAAAGGUUAUUAUCCGCUGAAUCGGACAAGUCUUUGUGACCCUGCCCACCGAACAGCAAGGACGGAGCACUGCGCAUGACAGAGACUGCUGGACAGCGCCAAAGAGGGAAAUUUAAAAACGGUCUGGAGAACAAGUGCGCAGUCAAAAUACCCUACACAGACGCACUAUCAGACCAUCCCAACUACGGCUUACACAAGACAGGAAAUGAUAGAAAGUGGAAUUACUUCCAGGAUGUCAGAAAUUCUUGGAAAUUCAGGACAAAGUCACCACCCAUCACCUCAAGACUACAGGCUGCUGACCACAGACCCGUCCCAGCUGAAUGAGGACGACCUCCCGGGGGACCUGCAGUCCCUGUCCUGGCUCACGUCCGUGGACGUGCCCCGGCUGCAGCAGAUGACCACGGCGGGGCGGCUGGACUUCAGUGUGGCCGCGCAGGGCAACCUGCUGGAGCAGCAGACAGCCCAGCUUAACAACAUGAACGUGUCCAGUGGACAGGCGACCAUGAUCCACCUUCAGAGCAACAUGCAGAACAGCAUUCUGGGAAUGAGCGGCAUCAGCGGCCACAGCGGAAACAUGACGUCGUACUCCCUGAACGGCCAGCCCUCCCCUGGGUUCCAGUCCCAUCCGUCCGUCUACCAGCCGUCUCCACAGCAAGUCUUCACCCUUGCGCAGACUGGCCAGCAGUGUUCUGCCGCAGGCCUCUACAGCAGUACCUCCUACAGUAACCAGGGCCCUUUCAACCAGCCUCGACUCGCCCCACACAGCAACCAAGACCUGCAGCCAAAGUCCUUUCCCAAGCCCAUCUACUCCUAUAGUUGCCUGAUUGCUAUGGCCCUAAAGAACAGCAAGACAGGCAGUCUCCCCGUCAGCGAGAUCUACAGCUUUAUGAAGGAACACUUCCCCUACUUCAAGACGGCACCAGACGGCUGGAAGAACUCGGUUCGGCACAACCUGUCCCUGAACAAGUGCUUCGAGAAGGUGGAGAACAAGCUGAGCGGCUCCUCCCGCAAGGGCUGCCUUUGGGCCCUGAACCCCGCCAAGAUCGACAAGAUGGAGGAGGAGAUGCAGAAGUGGAAGCGCAAGGACUUACCGGCCAUCCGCCGGAGCAUGGCCAACCCAGACGAGCUGGACAAGCUGAUCACGGACCGACCGGAGAGCUGCAGACGGAAGCCGUGUGACCCCGGGGUGACCCGGCUCCCCAGCGGCCCGACCGGCGGCCUGACCCUGCCGGCCCAGCUGCAGCCCCAGCCCGUCAUGACCCUGUCCCUGCAGUGCCUCCCCCUGCACCAGCACCAGCACCACCACCAGCACCAGCAGCACCAGCACCAGCUCCAGGCCCAAACCAGGCUGGCCCCCGGGUCCCCCGCCCCGGCCCAGACGCCCCCGCUCCACACGGUCCCCGACCUCUCCCACAGCCCCCUCGCCCAGCACCCCGGCAAGCCCCCCCACGAGUUCUACAGCCUGCACGGCGACGUCACCGCAGAGGUCGACACGCUGGAUCCCAGCAUCAUGGACUUCGCAUUACAAGGGAACCUGUGGGAGGAGAUGAAGGACGAGAGCUUCAACCUGGAGACGCUGGGCGCCUUCAGCAACUCGCCGCUGCGGCUGUCCGACUGCGAUCUGGGCGGGGGGGCGGGCGCGGGGGCCGGGGGGGGCCUGGCGGGGGCGUCCGGCGGCAGCGGGCUGUCCUUCUCGGACCUGCAGGUGACGGGUCUGUACGCGGCGUACAGCGGGCUGGACAGCGUCUCCGCCCAGUACAUGGGCCCGCAGGGAGGGAGCAAGCCCAUCGCCCUGCUCUAACGCAGCACCCAUCGCCCUGCUCGAACGCAGCACCCAUCGCCCUGCUCGAACUCAGCACCCAUCGCCCUGCUCGAACCCAGCACCCAUCGCCCUGCUCGAACACAGCACCCAUCGCCCUGCUCGAACGCAGCACCCAUCGCCCUGCUCGAACGCUGCCCCCGGGGGGCGAGGGGCGUGCAGGAGCGAACAGGAGAGAGGAGCAGACAGGAGCGAACAGGAGCUGGAGUGCCAAGGAGCAAGGAGCGCACAGGAGCGUGCAGGAGAAAGGAGAGAGGAGCAGACAGAAAGGAGGAGAGGACAGGAGCAAGGAGCGAGCAGCUUUACUGAAAUAAACCCGAUGUAACAAAGCAAAGAAAUUUUUUUUUUUUUUUAAGUCACUUUUCCACAUUGGUACAACUUCUAGAUCCCACUUCUGGAACCAAAUGCUCAACUUCCAGCGGUUAAAAAAAAAUAAUAAUAAUUUUGGAGCCCUCGCCCCCAUCCCCCCCCCCCCCCAUCCCCCAAAAUUAAAUAAUGU